UGGACCCAAGAAGAAGGCCCUGACUCUUGUCCUUUCCAAGCCCUAGCAUUGUCCUCCUGUGACCCUUCGCCAUUCCUCAUCAUCACCAUCUGAAGCCUCACUAGAUUUGGCUCUCUACGGCUGCCCUGUAGCCCGGACUAUAGGGGUCUAGCCGUCUCCCCACAGGCACAAGAAGAUCUCCUCGCGCUCCGAUCCUGCUCACGACUUCAAGGCGCUUCUGUAGAACUACCGAGCUCCGAGAGUCUUUCCACCACAACUUUUGAUUGCCCAAGUACUUCAGACUGCCUUGAGCCUAGCUCUGGCCUUCACUCCCCUCGGCAUCAGUCUGCUUCCCACCUCUCCUUAGCGGCCGGGAGUGGCCAAGGAAACCCCCACACUCCGCGCUUAGGGCCGAGUGUCUGAGAGAUGGCGUCGGCGGCUGCUAGCGGGAGCGGGUCGACGGGGAGUGUCACUGCUGCUGAGCUACAGCAUCUCCGUACGAGGGUCCCAAUGAUGACCGUAGUGGAGAUGAAGGGCUUCAUUCGAGACCUCAACAGCCAAUGUGGUACUCGUUUACAGGUCUCGGGGACAAAACCUAUGCUGAUCAAUCGCAUCGAGGAGCAGCUGGUCUCGUGGCAACAUUCCUCCAAUUGGACUGCCAUUCGCAAAGCUAUGUCCCUCGUCAAUCACCCACGAGAUAGGGGAGGAAAUCUCCUCGAUACAGAUGGCAGUGGAGCUAAUGGUAAUGGGAAUGGGACUUGGCCACCUGUCAAUACACAGAAUGGGUACUAUGCCUCUCCGUCCUAUUCGACCCAGGCUCGUAAUGGCGUUCCUCCGGGCAAGCUCAACCCUGCCAAUGCGUACAGAGGGAACGCGACGGCGGGUGCAUCUGGGAGCUCUGCAGUACGACAAGCGGCUGUACCCAGGAAUGUCCGCUUCAAGCCAUCCCCAUUCUUCAAGGUCGAGUCGAUGCUCACAGAUACAAUCUUGCUAAUUGAGGCAGACUCUACCCGCAGAACAGCAAGUCUUGAUCUUCGGCUGACUGCACAACAGGCCCAGCUUCUUCGUACAGACUCUGCAAAUUACCAAGCCCGGCUGUUCUGCGCUCAGAAGGCAUCUGCUGAGAUAUCGGAGAAGAAUCCGGGUAUGCCGGCUUUCAUCGACUUUCCCGGGUCUUGCGAGCUCAGGAUCAAUAGUAGCGUGUAUACCUCGAGCUUGAAGGGAAGCAAGAGCAAGCCUGGGAGAGUUCCACCUCCCAAUCUCAACAAGGAUAGGACUCUGAUUACAAGAGAUGGCGUGACAAACAAGAUCGAACUCGUCUACACUAAUGCGCCCUACAAGUACGUCAUGUCCAUCGGCCUUUGCAAGUACACUCCUCCCGAGACGAUCGUAGCCAAGCUCACCAGCGAGAAGAGUAGGAGUAGAGAAGAGAUCAUUGGUACGAUGAAGCGGGCUGCUGCCGAAGACGACAUCGAGAUCGGGACUGCUACGUUGAGCCUGAAGGACCCUUUGAGCUACACACGGAUCAACUAUCCCUGCCGAUCCAUACACUGCUCACACUCGCAAUGCUUCGACGCAUUGUUCUUCUUCUUGAGCAAUGAGCAGUCGCCGACCUGGAGCUGUCCGCACUGCAGCAAGAUUCUCAAGCCGGAAGAUCUGUUUAUUGAUGGCUACUUUGCUCAUAUCCUGAAGACUGUGUCCGAAGACGAGGACGCUGUCAUCGUUGAGGCCGAUGGAUCGUGGAAGACCCGCGACGGCAAGUUCUCCUCAUCGGCCGCCGCCAUCCCCGCUGCCUCAUCUGCAUCUCUCCCAGCAGCUACAAAUGGCAACGGCACAAGUCAAGCAGCCCCGAGCAGUAAGCCGCCAAAGAGGGAGUCCUCUGCGGCUCCACACGCUGAGUCAGUUGUCCCGCCAGGCGCAGAGGUCGUCGAAUUGGACGAUACUCCCUCACCACCUAGAUCACCAGCUGCUGCUGCUGCUCCGCAGAAGCCCAUCUCGCCGGUUCAGCCUCUCAGCGCAGCUCCUCGAGCUUCGGUCAGCACACCUCGACCUAGCAAUGGCUCUACAACUAUUGGUGGGUCGUCUACCAACGAUGCUAUCGAUCUGACCGAGAGCGAUGACGAGGAUAUGCCGCUAGCGCAAGCGGCUCCUCAGGCUUCUGCUCCAGGUCCGUCGACGCGUCCUCCAAGCUAUUCUGCUGCUGCUGCUGCUUCGGGUAGCGGCACUCAGAGCGCAGCUACCAACGGGACUGGGCUAAAUCUUCAGCGCCCCGCGGCUCCUUCGUCGAGCACAAGCGCAGCGUCCGCUUCCGGCUCUUCAGCGAGACCAUAUCAGUCACAAACAGCCACUGGACCGCCACAACGUCCCCUUGGAUCAGGCGGGAGCAACAGCUCUGGCGCAAGUCCGCUCCUAGCUCACGCCCGCUCUAGUGGUUUCGCAAGCUUUAGUAAUCCUCCAACGCCUAGCUCCGUCCCAGGCAGGGCCUCGCCCUCUGGCUGGGCUGGAUCACAACCCCGCAUCGUGAGCUCAACGGGCGGCAUGCGAGAGGUCCGACCAUUAGCACCUCUGUGGAGGCCUGGUGUCACGCCUUCUUUCUCCUCUCCCGGCCUCAUGCCGACUAGCGCACCGGCUCGUGCUCCUUCCCGAGAACAGACUGCGCCCGAGGCAGCAGACGAGCUACCCAUCUAUCCUCCGCUUCUUCCGUCGAGGUCAGCUUCCACCACGGCAGCUAGUCCCGCCUCAAGCUCACGUGAUAACACCUUUUGGCCGGCUUCGUACAGGCCUAAUCCUCAGCAGCAAGAAGGAGGGUCUUCGCUGUCGUCUCCACUUCCACCCUCAUCCUCCUCUGGCUCGCGAGUCAGAGAGAGGGAGGAGAGUACCGAUGCUGGUGGGAGAGACUCCUCAUCCAAGCGACUUCGUUCGGGCGGCAACGACGAUACUGGUGUCACUUCUUUCACCACUCGCUCUGGAAGACCGUCAGCGGCUGCUGGUAGCCUGAGGGAAGCCUCGACUCCGCUGCCUUCGGUCAGUCCCACUCCUUCUCCACCACCUACGGCAGGCAGUGGUCACACUUCAACUCGGGCUAGAGACUCGCGCACACGUAGCGCUGAAGAAGAGGAUGAGCUGAGUGGGCCUGCCAAUGGUGGAGCUUCAAGGGAUGAUCCAGACUACGAGGAGGAGGACGCUCCUCCUACCAGGCCUGGCAGAGGAAGUGGGGCCGUAGGAGGGGGAAGGGGAGCAGCAGUCAACAGCAGUGCGGCUGUAGGUUCCGACUCGCCAGCAUACACGUCGGCUCCAGAGGACCCAAACCUCUCGAGCAGCACAUCGAGGAGCGGAGUCGCCCUCCGCAAUGGCAUCGGUAAUGGCGGUGGAGGCUGCGGCGGAGGUGGGGGCAGCGGAAUGAGCACCACCACUGCAGCCAAUGACGGUGGAAGUGCAAGACGGGCAGAUAGUUUCGACGACUAUGACGGUCUGAUGGACGAUCACGAUGACUCUGGGAGGGGAGAUGGAGAUGGAGUGGAACGAGGGAAAGACCUCAAGACUCUUCCUUGA